UCAUUCGUAAUGCGGGCUCAUUUGAAUUCCAACAUGGCUGACGGCCGAUAAAAAGACCAAGUUUUCUUUAUUCUCAAAGUUUAGUGUGAUCUAUUUCUUUUCGUGGUAAAAUUAUAGGUUAAGAAUGUGCGGUAUAUUCUGUUGUUUGUGUGAAGAUAACGAUGAGUGUAAAAUAUCCGCUGAGAAAAUCAAGCAAUCUGUUACCCCACUACUCAAAAGAAGAGGUCCUGACUGUUUUGGCAGUGCAAGCCGGAAUGUUUUCAGUAGAAAUCCCCAAAAGGCGUAUCACUUAACAUUAGCAGGGUCUGUGCUACACUUGCGAGGAUCGCUGACGCGACAGCCAUACGAGACUGAGGGAGGAAAUGUGCUGGUAUGGAAUGGUGAAAUAUUUGGUGGGGUUGAGAUCCCAAACAAGUCAAAUGAUACAUCUGUACUUUCUCAAUUACUGGAUUUCCAUGGUGAAACAGACCCUGUCAGUCAUGUCGUUGAUGUCAUGUCAAGGAUACGUGGACCCUGGUCAUUUAUUUAUUGGCAAGCUAGUCAAGAGCGAUUAUGGUUUGGCCGCGAUUUCUUUGGUAGAAGAAGUCUUCUUUGGCAUCUCCCAUCUAGUCCUGGAGAUCCUCUUGUCAUUUGUUCUGUUGCUCAGAGAUCACAUCAGAAUGACCAACUGGCAAUGGUAGAACUACCAGCUGAUGGCAUUUAUUGCCUGGAAAUUUCCCCAGAAAAUGAGGUAGAGAAUGGUCCAUUCAAAGUCACCAGAUUUCCUUGGGGUUCCUACUCUCAGAAUACUCAUGUGCUAGCUUCACCAAUUUCUAAGUUUAACUCUACAAUACCUUCCAAAGAGGAUUUAGAAGGUGAAAUGUUACCAGACAUUACCUUGGAUUUGUGUUGUGAGUACUCAAGCCAAAGGCUAAAGUCUACAGAGGAAUUGUUAUGCAAAAUGACAAAGAGCUCUUACAAUGACACAAAACCUGAAAAUACUGUUCGACCUUGUUCUCAAUGCAAUCAUCUGGGAUUUAGCCAAGAUCCUGAUGAAGCUUCUCACUGCAGCGGUGAGUGCUGUCAAUCAUUAUUUGAUGAUAUGUCAAGAAAUGUGUCACAGAACCAUGUGAAGGAAACACAAGCAGAUAAAACAUCUGAUGGUCAGGACUGUAGGAGGAACAGUUGGAUUCAUUUAGCUGAGGCAUUAAUCAAAGUUCUCGGAGAAGCUGUAAGAAAAAGAGUGUUUAAUUUGCCAAGGUGCCAAGAUGAACAAACACUUGCAGCAUUGGACCUUCACAAACGUCAUGGGAGCGAGGAUGGAUGGGUGAAAACAGAUAUUAGAGGUGACAAUCAUGGCAAAGAAGAAACUUUGACAAGUAUAAAUGGAAAGUUCUCAAGGGUCGGUAUUCUAUUUUCUGGAGGGAUAGACUCAAUGAUGUUGGCAGCAUUGGCAGAUAGGUUUGUUCCUUAUUAUGAAUCAAUCGACCUCAUCAAUGUUGCAUUUGAACAAAAGCCAGUACAAACUAAUCCAACCAACAAAAGACUUGCCCGGCAGAGCCAAAGAGAAAUAAGCAGUGCCCACCAAGCCCAAAGAUUUGAUGUCCCUGACAGGAUUACUGGAAAGUCUGGUCUACUGGAGCUAGCCACCAUCGCACCAACCAGGAAGUGGAACUUUUUAGAGGUGAAUGUCACUUUGGAGGAGCUUCAAUACUCAAGAAAGGAAUACAUCUCACACCUGGUGUCCCCCCUGAGUUCUGUGCUGGAUGACAGCAUUGGCAGUGCCCUGUGGUUUGCUGCCAGGGGGGGUGGUGUGCUUCACUGUCCGUCUUGUAUUAGGGAUAGCUCAUCUGACACAGAGUGUGAUCAUCCUUCUGGUUACACCAGCAAUGCUAAGGUGUUGUUGGUUGGAAUGGGAGCAGAUGAGCAGUUGGGUGGCUAUGCAAGACACAGGACGAAAUUCAUGCAGCAUGGAUGGGCGGGGCUUAUUGAGGAGAUAGAGAUGGAAGUCAACAGGAUCGCAACGCGCAAUCUCGGCAGGGAUGACCGCUGUAUAUCUGAUCACGGACGCGAGGCGCGGUUCCCUUUCCUCGACGAGAGCGUCGUGUCGUUUCUCAACGCACUUCCGGUUUGGUGGAAGACGGAUCCGAGACAACCGAGAGGGACUGGAGAGAAGCUGCUUUUACGACAGGCAGCCCGGCUUCUAGGUCUGACGUCAUCGGCGGCGCUGCCGAAGCGCGCGAUUCAAUUCGGAUCUCGAAUUGCUAAACUCGAAAGCGCCAAUGAGAAAGGCUCCGAUGCGUGCUCUCGAUUCGACACCUGACUCCGUGUCUUUACCACUGACACCGAAAAAACGUAGUCCGUGCAAACGGCAAAUGGCAGCUCUUCGACCGAAAGGACCCAUGCUUCCCAAAAUAUUUGCUCCAAAUUCAGAAAAAUAUGAUCAAAACUUACGACUAUCCGUUAAAUGUAAUUGAUAUAUGGUUCUGACAUAGCUUGAGUUUAUUUACCACAUUCAUUUUAACAAAUAAUCAAUACCCAUGAGCACCUUUCGGUCGUUGAACUUAAAAUAGGUGUAUAUUGGGGCGCAUAAAGGACAACAUUUUCUUAAUAGAAAUUCAUGUUCGCGGUAUUCCCAAUAAAUGUAUUAUUAUUGAGACUUUUUCAAGAGAAUUCGCAGAGAAUAUAUAUUAUUCACAUUGGUAAUCAUAAAUUAUAAUUGACAUGUAUUUAAUUCACACAGCUAAUAUCGAAAACGUUACAAAGAACACGAAAUAUAAAAAGUUUUAUCUCAAAUUGUGAACUACUUAUAACAAACAAAAUAGCGAACAAAAUAGCGAACAUUACUGUUAAAUUUUAUCUUUUUGGGGAAAAUAUCGGAUUCCUUUUUUAAUUAAUUUAUUAAUUUUUUUCUUCUCAUUUUUCCUACUCUGCUAUAAGCACUUCCUGUUUCAUGAUAUAGUACAUUUGUAGGCAUUCUAUAAAAUAAAUAUCUAAUUUUGAGUGACGUUACGCAGACAAUAUAAGCUGGUGACCUGCCAAAUUUAUUGCGUUUUAGUUUUUCUCAGCCGAUUAUUCUUUCAAAUGCAAAGUACGUGAAAAAAUUCAUUUGAGUAUCCAGAAGUUUUUUGCUUUUGUCUAAAUUAAUUAAAUACAACGGCCGUUAUGUUAUUAUUCAUCAGAGUUCAUAGGGCCGUAAAACACAUUUGUCAGCUAAAUAUUGACAAAUAUUGUGCGUUUUACUUGAAAUAAACUCCCCAAAGUUUAAUAAGAUAAGUCAAUAGUCAAUAUAUAAGAUGUUUUAAACAAACGUUUAAUAUUUGAACGUGUAAAAAAGCGUGUAUUUGUACAGGUCGAUCUGCCGUUUAAUUUGUAAAAAUGUGAAAAAUACUUGACAUAAACUGCUUUGCCUUCAUUAUAA